UCCGACAAACACUUCUAGCCACCGGCAUUUGUCUAUAAACAUCUAAGGGGCACACAGGCUGGAUUAUUUGGAAAUGGUUAGCAUACUGAAGUCUGCCAGUGAUCGGCCAUCACCCUGCAGCUGUAAUACACACACAUAUACAGUAUAGAAACACUCUUUCCUGAUUACUUCCUGUAUGCUGCAGUCCUGCUGUAGGUCAGCAUAAGUUUCCAUUCAUGGCCUCUUGGUCCAGCUGCGAUUGACUACAGGCCACAAAUGACCUCGAGGCCUACAGUGGACCUGCGAAUCACAAACAGUCAUACCUCUGCCAGGCAUUGUUGCUGCCCAUGCCAGUGUGGCGGAGGGAAUUGUGCCACUACCUUGUGGGGGAAAGAUUACACACUUUACUGAGGAAGACUGAGUGAGAAUCAGGAUCCUAGUCCCCCAACCCAAUGCUUUGAGUUUUUGUAUAACAGGGUGUACCCCACCUCAUGCCCAGAGUCCUCUGGAAUAGGCAUCCUGUGACCCUGAACAGGAUAAGUGAUGUAGACAAAUGUCGCAUGACUUCCUCUAUGAACAGAUGCUAAGGAUGAGCAAGGACUCAGACCCAAAUGUGGGGGCGGAGUCUGGGAGUGAUACCGACUCGGAUUGGCUGAAUGAAGAAGGGCCUUUAAAGCUCAGAAAUCAAGAGAGGAAGAGGAAGGUGACGAGACGGAGCUCCGGGAGGAGCAGCAACGAGGACCGGCGGGUCUCUUUCUCUCCACAUGUUUUACCUCAGAAGAGACUCCCAAACAGUCCUUCAGUUCUUCAGAAACUGGAAAAGAGCCUCAAACAGGAACCCAAGCUUUUUGUCACGUGUGGAAAUAAAGAAGGUGUCCUGCACAAAGACAAGUUUAGCAAAGGUGAGCCGUGCAUCUUGGCUGCUGAUCAGUGGUUCACUCCUCCUCAAUUUGAGAGGUUUGGAGGAAAGGAGAAAAACAAAAACUGGAAGUACAGUGUAUGUUGCACGGGGGUUCAGCUGAAAGUAUUAAUAUGGGAAGGCUUUCUGUCCUCUCCAUCUAAAUUUAAAAGGAAGCAUUCACGGGAUAAAGAGCCUCAGAGCAGGAAGAUGAUGAUCAGAUCCAGAAGAAGUAUCCAACAGGGCAAAAACUGUCACACAAUCAAUUCUGUCAGCACCUCAGCCUUGUACAAAUCCGAAGGCAGCACUGACGAGAAGGAGGAGGAGGAGGAUGAUGAUGAUGAUGAUGAUGAUGAUGAAGGUGAUGGUGAUGAUGUUCGUUUUAAAGUGAAAAGGAGUUCUGCAUCGGUUGUGGAAUAUCUUAGGCCUGACUGUCUAUACUGGUAUUUGAAAGUAAUCAGAUCAGAUCUGGUUCUGCUCAGCCCAAAUCCAGCACUUUGUCGACCUGUCUGCAUUGGUUGCUUCGAGACUCAUGGAAAAUGCAUCAGGACGCAGGAUGCCUGGCUCACUCCCAAGGACUUCCUCAACCAAAACACAACCAACGGAAACUGGAGACGAGACAUCAGGAAAGAUAAUGGUGAACCUCUUGGAGAGCUCUUAAUGAGGAGGGUGUUAAAGCGUCACAUUUUGAACUGCUCGUGUUACAUCUGCACAGGAGACCUUCCACAUCUGCUGGAUCAGAACAAUGAUGACUGGUGCUUUAAAUGCAAAGUUGAAGGAGAUCUGGUGUGUUGUAGGACAUGUCCACGUGCCUUCCAUCAUCACUGUCACAAACCGGCUUUAAGGGACGACGACAGUGAUCAUUGGACCUGCUCCUUCUGCAAGAAAUCCAGGAAAAAAAGCCCUCGUGAGCCAUCUUGA